AUGCAUCUGCCAACCUACUGCCUCCUCCUAGGCAUCUCCUCCGCCGCAGCCCAGCAGCAGCAGCACCCCCUUACGCCCAACGGCCGCAAAGCCGGCGCAGCAGGCGACACCGCCCUCGCCUUCUGGAGAGACCACCUCGGCUGGUGGCACGACUGGACGCCCUCGCCUUCGAGCCCCCAAGGCGCCGGCCUCGUCCCCGUGUCGAUGCUCUGGGGCGGCGGCGGCAACGGCCCGCACGACGCCCAGCGCCUCGAGCAGUUUGAGCAGCUCACCGCCACGCCCGCGUACGUCAUGGGCUUCAACGAGCCCGACUGCUCCGGCGAGGACGUCUCGGCCGACAUUGACGUCCCGCGGGGCGUCGACCUCUGGAACGGCCUCAUUGCGCCGAUGGGCGACAAGGGCGCCGUGCUCGGCAGCCCGGCCAUGUGUCGCCAAAAGGACGAGUCCUGGCUCAAGCAGUUCAGUCAGCAGGCGCUGGCGCGGAGCUGGGACUUUACGGCAGUGCACAUCUUCAAGCCGGACGUGGCGGGCGUGCAGGCGGAUAUCGAUUAUUACUGGAACACGUACCGGAAGCCGUUGUGGGUGACGGAGUUUGCGUGCGUGUUUGACCAGGAUGGUUUCACGCCUUGCUCGGAUCAGGGGCAGAUUGAUCAGUGGAUUGGCGAUGUGGUGGAUUUGUUCGAGGCGAAUGAGCAUGUGCUUGCGUAUGCGUAUACGGACGGCUUGGGGCUGGGGACUGCGUGGCCGCCUGUCAGGGGGGAUGGGAGUCUCUCGGAGUCGGGGCAGGCUUAUUUGAAUGCUAUUAGCAAGUAUUACUGA